UUCAAAAGCCGCGCGUUCGAGUCCGCGCCCGCUCGAUUAGUUCCGAUUUCUCCCGGCAUCUCCCGAAGUGUCAGAAACGAACUGCUGAUAACUGCGGCAAGGGUCUUGUAACCUUUCAUCUUCACUCGAACCAACUUAGAUACAAUUCCCAAUGAUUUGCUCAUGAUAAUAAUGAUUUACACGCGUUAUCAAGGUGUUCCAGUGGUGUUUGAUAGUUUUGAUUGCUUGUGAGUCCGCAGAUAAACGUUCAAACUGGCGACCGACAGUGAUAGCAAGUCAAACAUGGCUUCUUCUGCUAGAAUUAUUCAAAGUAAUUCCGCGUGGUUUCAGAAAAAUGUAAAUCUGAGACCACAGCAUCGGGGUGUCCAUUUGGUCACCGAAGAAAUCCUGAGACAGAUACCAGAACUUUCCCAAUUUGCCAUGGGAUUAUGUCAUGUGCAAAUUUUGCACACAAGUGCUAGUUUAGCACUGAAUGAAAGUUGGGACCCAGAUGUAAGAGAUGACAUGGAGAUGAUGCUAAACAAGAUUGUUCCAGAAGGAUUACCAUACAGACAUUCCUGUGAAGGCCCUGAUGACAUGCCCGCUCAUGUAAAGGCAUGUUUUCUGGGUUCAUCAUUAACCAUUCCCAUAACAGAAGGCAAACUAAACUUGGGCAAGUGGCAAGGUGUUUGGCUGUGUGAACAUAGAGAUCUUGCAGGAUCUCGAAAACUUCUUGUCACAAUAAAUGGUUGCUUACGGGACGAUGCCGCAUGCACCCCUUUGUCACCUGUCAGCCCCAUGGCCAGUACGAGCAGCUAGGGAAAACACUCGGGGCACUCAUUGUCCAAGCAUUGACUGCCCCGAGUUAUCCAAUAGAUCAUUCGCUGAUCACACAUCUCGACAAUAUGUACAUAUUUGUACAUUGUAAAAUAUUUGCAAGCAUUUGAUUAAAUUCUUAUUUUCCAUUUAUGUUUUGUUGUUUUAUUUGUUGAGUUUGGAUGGUUGGUAGAUUAAAGAGGAGGAACAGGGUUUCAGGUGCCAGGAUGUGACUUUUUUGCACAAUUAAAUAUUAAUUCAAUCAGUACUGUUUAUGGAUGAAACUUAUAACCUUUACAAAGAAUAACAUUUUUUGAUUAUGCUAACUUCAUUGAUUUGGCGUUCCCCAAGGUCGAUGGCUAUUCUAUCCACAUAUAAAGGCCCAGUUUGAACGACAUAGACUCGGAUGCAUCUUGUAUUAUGUCAACCAACUGACAACACUAAGACAGCACUUUGCUCUCUUGCAUACAAGUUGUGCAAAGUUGUACAAAAUCUUUGGAAAAAUACUUGCCUUAGGAAGCCUUUGGAAUAUCAAAAUCGGAUCAGUUAUCAUAUUAAGAGUAAGUUAUGAAAUUAGACUUAAAUGAUCUUUUGAUCAUGGCAAUAUGAUUAUGAAAUUCUGUUCCUCUUAAGUGAGAGCUGUGCAAUUUUUGAAAGGUAAAAACGUUUGUAAUGUAGCAUAUUCAAAUAUGGGCUAAAUUUUCACCAGCACAGAUUUUGUCCUAUGAUAUUAGAGGAUAAUAGUAGCUAUACUUGAUUUGUUGAAACAAAGUUUGUUGAAUUUUUCAAGUAGACUGCAACGUAUACAUUGGAACGAAUUUAAAAACUUUUUGAAACAUAUAUUUGAUCUUAAGGCAGAAAUCAUAGUGGGUGUAUUUAUGUAGAUAGGAAACUGAAUGUGCUUUUGAUUUGUAAUUUUAAAAAAUAUAGUACUUAUAUGAUAACCUAGUUGUGCAGUAUACACAGUAUAUUUUUACUCAACAUACUGAUCUUUGAAUUGAAUAGAAUACAUUUUUGUGUUUUUGUAUAUGUAUGAAAUCACGUCGUCAGAAUAACAAGAACAAAUUGCUUUUUCCAUCAUUUUCCAACAUUUUGAAAAUUCGCCUAACUGCCUAACAGUUCCUAAUUUGUUUAGAAAUCACCGUUUAUUUCUCUAAUACAUACUGCCUGUAAAAUAUGAUGUCGCAUUGUACUUAUACAUACAUAUUAUCCAGUGGUGUAGUCCCACUUUAAUUAUUUAUUAAUAAUACUAAGUUUAUGUUGAGCAAAAAUGAUGCAGUUCUUACAUUCUGCACUAACUUCUGUGACUUCAGACCAAUGAAACAGUCUUAUAUACUUAAAUGCCUAGAUAAGGUAGACUACACCACUGAGUUCAUUGGAGUGGAGAGUGCCUAAUUUUUAUGAAUCCCUGUUGCUUAAUUUUCAGCGCCUUUUCUUUUUUAAGUAACUAGACGUCUGACAAUAAUGUGUUUUUCGUUUUCAAUGCGUUUGGCAGUCUGCUUGUACAAUGUACAGGGUACCUAAGUUUUUUUUACGAGGAAUUCUGACUUUUCGACUAUUAUUUUUCAUUGAGCGCAUUUAGGAAACAAAAAAGCCUUAGCGUUUUAAGGCCAUUGUCAAUUUGAUAUCGAACUCAAUAUGGCGAGUGCUAAAACUGUGUAAACCUUACCAAAUAUCAAUUAUUCCGCGUCACAACAAACGCGGUCGCUCGAUUUUUUUUAUUAAUUCGCCUCUAUUAGCUUAUUGUUGUGUUCCCGCCAAACAGACGAAUUGUAGUGCGAGCCUUAGCGGAUCGAGAACCUGUCUUUGUUUGAUGUGGCGUAAAUGCUAUGUGCAUAGAAUAUAUAGGACUCUAUUGUCUGUCCAAAUCAAACCACAUAAAUGUUUUAAUUUCUCUUUAUUGAACGACGUCACGGCCACGGUUACGUCUAUCCGAUAUCAAAUCUGACCUGAUGCAACCAUCACCACAUUUUCAGAUUUUAUGGUUGUUUGAAACAUUUUGUUGAAAAGUCCAUACCCCGUUAUCAAUUUUGGGUCACCAGGUACAUACUGUUGUAAAUAAAAUAAAUUACGGGUUGUAUAUAGUGUGUGUUAUGGACUGAAUACGUCUGUCUUCCUCCCCCUUUUAGCAAUAUCUAACUAGAUACCCCUUCCUAAAUCCCCUCCUUUGUGGCAAAUGAGAAAAACAACGACCAUUUAUUUAUCGAUUUGAUUGAAUACAUACAGGGCACGGCAGCAGUUUGUACACCUAAGAUGAAUUAUGUUGAGUUCCUUUUUUGAAUGAAUGUGUUGGGUGACUGCAGUUUUAUACAAGUGGUCUCAAUUGAAUUUAUAAUUGUAACUUAUUGAUCAUUAACUAAGUUUCAAAAAGAAUGGUACUGGUAAUAACCUAUUUAGGUAACACCAACGAAUUUGAAUAGAUUAGGAGCCAGCCUUUUACAUUGCAUUGUUUGUCGCCAAAAUUAGUAUUAGUGCAUACUUUUCACUCAUUUUACUACCAAUGCCUACCAAAGUGACAUUGCUGUAUCAAGAUAACAAUAAUCUGCCUUCAUUAGGCCUGUGCCUUUGCAAAUAAUGUAAGAGGUACCUUGUCUUAAAAUCGUCUUAUCAUAAUUAUCUGCAAACACUCGCACUUUCAAAAAAUAAUACUGGAAAUACGAAUUUAAUGACAACUGUCAAAAAAGUUACUUAUGUCAAGAGUACUUAUAGUAUGCACUUUCAUCCUCACAACAGACUAUGAGAGUUAGGAGAUCAACAAAUCCUCAAUUGGCUCCUUCUUCCUAGUCUGAAUUCGUUGGGUAAUACCAAAUGCAGUGAGCUGUUUGCCUGAAUCUCGAAUCUGUAAAAUUGAGAUCGUUAUGUAUAUUUUAGAAGAUUAUUUGAAAACAAGCAAAAUUUGGGUUUCAGUAGUUUAGAGAAAUAACAAUUUUUGUACAGUUUACACGCAAGAAUGAGAAUUUGAUGAGCUUCACUGUACUAAGGCACAAAAAUUCAACAUGUAACUUUAUUGCAUUUAUUAUUUAAUAUUUAUCUCGAUGGCCUUUUCCGCCGAUUAUAUGUAGUUCAGGAAUUAUUUGUAAGUUUGCCUGAAAAAUUUUGAUAAAACCCGAAAUAAUACUUUAUCAUGAUCCACAUUUUUAAAAAUUGAAAUAGCUACAUCUUAUACCUAGCAGAGGCUUCCUAAGAUUACUUCUAGUGGAAUUUUGGAAUAUAUGUGGCUCUCUUUUGUGUUAACAAGUUUCAUUAAAGAAAUUGUUAGGCAAACUUCUGUAGUCGUAAAUUCCGGGCUAACAUUGUAGAGGAUUUACAAGUUGUGAAAUAAGUUAGGUGGUUAUUUUCGUUUAUUUCAGUGAAAUCAUAAAGUUAAAUUGUAUUUUAUAACUUAAAUAUCUAGCAUAAAGUGUGAACGCCAUCUAUACACAGGGAAAAUUUAACAUAACAUUUUAUAAAAUCAGAUGAAAAUAAGAGGUUACUCAUAAACCUUAUCAACUUUUGGCAAAAAUGAAACAUUGAUUUUUUAUAAUUCCUGACGGACUUAAAUGCAGCAAGGUUCUUCUACCGGCUUUGUUAGUUCCACUAAAAAUAGUGCAAGUUUUUUCGAAGUCCCCGUGUAUAGAUAGCAGUAAAACAUGUCUAGAAUGCCAUAGCAAAUUUGUUUGAUUUUUGAGAGAUUUUACUUAUAUUCUAGCGUAAUUACCAUGCAAUGAAUGAUCAAAUGGUUUUUAAUUCACUUUAUAUGUACGCACAUUGUUAUCAUUACACAUAAUAGAUUAUCUGUUAGAUAUUGGUUGCUAUUAUAUUAGUUGAGUUUUGAAAUAUAUAUUAUAUUUUUUAAUGCAGAACCCAAAAGACACAGCAUCGCCCGUUUAUUUGCCAUUGGCAUAAUUUUCUCCUGUAUUUGUAAAUAAACGAUUUUUCAUUUAUUUUGACCGAAAAAAUAUGAAUCCUAUAUAAAUACAGGCCGGAGACGUUCUCUGGAGACACUCAUACCCUCAGAGAAGUUUAUUAAACCUUUUGGUACAAUUCAUCCAACAACCCUCAAAUCUAGUUGAAAAGUUUCUCGCUUGUAUUGUCGAAAUUUUGUAAAAUCCUGCUUACAUAUUCUUUGGUUAAGUGUGUAAGAAUGAAAAUAUUGAUUGUACAUAGAUACAUUUUGGCAUACCAUUUACAACAGAAGAAAGUACCCAUUACACAAUUUGUCAAGAACACGAUUGCGGCGGAUCUGGAUGAAUUUGUGGGUACUUUCAACAUAGUGGAGUUAGUCCGUUGUUAUAAAGGUAACUAAAUAUUUUUUUGGCAAAAAUACGGCUUUAUUCCAACAGUAUAUCUUUAUACUCAAGAAUUCUUGCACUAUAGAAUUACUUUAGCGACGCUUUUGUGCAAAAAAUUUCUUAAUGUACAGGUUGUAUCGAAAUUAGCAUGUAGUGAUUGAAUGAGCCUGAGACACAUGAUUGACGUGUAGUGUCAGUUAAGCAUGACGUAAUAUUGAAUAUCCACUCGUUACUGUACAGUAAUUUUGAUAUAAUUUCUGCUGAGUUUUGGGAGACUUCAUAUACAAACCUUACAUUGAGCCUUCAAUUCCUCAAAUGUUUACAGAAACAAAAGCAGAUACAGGCUGUCAUAAAUACGUUCCUGACACCAGAUCCUUUUUGACUGUCAUUUUUUUAAUUUUACAGUUAUCAAAUUUUGUUUCAAAAUACUUGUUUUUUCUUAUGCUCUUUAUUUUAUCUGCACUGCUCAAAUUAGAGCACGAUUUUGCUAUUUUUGGAUCAGAUUCUAACAUCGCUUCAGCUUUAUACUCAAAAAAUAAGCGUCAAUGUGAUAUUUAUUCUUUGCGAAUACAGAUCCUUAUGCAUAAAAUGCGAAUAUGAAUAUUUUUUCGAAUAUUCAUUACUCAAAUCCCGCCCUGCCCAUUUCCGUCCUUUGCUGUUAUAGGAUCUGCGUAGAAGUUUAUUUUCUCUGUGACUUCCUCUGGUACUUGUGUGAUCUCUAUUGGAUUUUUUCGUCAAGAUUCUUUAAGCUUCAUUAUAUGCACCACAUGCUGAUUCUGAGACAUUAUGUAUACAAUAUUACACCCAUCCGUCCUCUGUGUAUAAAUAUUUGAAAAAAAUUGUACGUUCAAGUGCACAAAAUAUAUUUACUUAUCAAUGUAUGUAACUCAAACGCCAUCUAUACCACCUCUAUUUUGACUCAAAUUUUUUAACGUUAGCAAUACUAUUUAACAAAUUAUACAAAAAGUAAACUAUUUCGCCAAUAUUUAGUAGCGCACCGCACUUUCACACUACUUCACAAAAUUGGAAGAAGUUAGAAGUAUUACCUGACUUUCAUUUUUGUCAAACAGUUUAAAGAACUGCAAGCAAGGUUAGGUUUGAUUAUUUCUUUUUCGAAAACUUCUACCAAAACUAUGUAAAAUUGCCACAUAAACAGUUUUAGAACUAAUAUUUAUUUUUAUAUUUGCAUUGUAUAUUUAUUUUACAUUGCAAUUCUCGUUGAUAAUUAUCUCUAAAUAUUUGAGAAAAUUUGAGUAUACGAAUCUGAUGAAAGUCAAGAACCACUGAAGGAUGUUUUUCGUCUUAAUUUUGUGGAAGAUUGUGUUAUUCCGCUAUAUUUUUAAGAUUAGAGGAUAUAACAUUAAAAUAUCCUUAGUAAAUACCUAGCUGUAUUUUUGCCUUUUCUUGUCUAAAUGGAUACUUGUCGAUUGGUCCAACAAUCGAAAUAUAACAUAGUACACUGCCACAAUGCAAAUUGUAUAUAUACUUGUUUUUUCUUUUGAUUGGUUUUUUUGUUUUGCUCACAGAUUUGGUUAGAGUGAAUAACAUGUAUUUCAUGGCCACUGCUUAUAUAAAAAUCAAAGGAAACUACGUCAAAAAAAUAUCAGUCGAUGCUCGGUUAUUCCCAACCGAGUUUCGAUACAGUUAUUAUUAAUACGUUUUAUGUUUAAAUAUUAAACUUUACUUCUAUUGCUUGCAAUUAUUUGAAUUCAUAAGAGUACGCAAGAAAUAUUUCAGUGACGUCAGUGUGAUAUUUGAGACACCAAGUAAAAUUUAAAAUAUUUUUUAUGUAAAUUAAGCAACACCUGUUAUCAGCCUAUGUGGUCGUGAAUACUUUCUCCUUUAAAAUGGAUGUACAUAUAUUUAUUAGGUGUAAGGAAAAUAUUAACUAAUAAAUAAUGGCAUAUCAAGAAUGUAUAAAGGUUAUCAAUACCAGUUAAUUUAGUUGACAUUGAAUACAACAUUAGCAAACGUUGAACUUCCCGCCAAAAUAAUAAGAAAAAUAUCGGCUCUAAAACUGACAGAUACGAGAUAUAACAAUAGUUCUCUAGAUAUAAUAGGGUGAAGAUUGUUUGCUAAUGUUCUAUGAGCCUAUGUUUCCUUUGAUCAAGUCUGAGAUAAUCUGUGGGUAAAUAAGAAAAAAACUGAUCCAAUGUACGUACUGAGUACCAAAUUUUGGGUAUGAAAGAUUUUAAAUCUGUUGGGUUGGCUGGAUUCAGCAGCCGAUUCGCAUUCUAUAUUGUACCUAGCGCAUAAUUUGCAUAAAUGAAAUAAAUGAUAAUUGAAA